AUGCAAAAUUCGGACAAUUCAGAUGAAUAGUAUAGUGAUGAUCAAUAGGAGUCUCCUCGGUUUCUGUAUAACUUUAGGGAAUUAAAUCUGCAGAACAAAAGUUUACUUGGAGAAAUACGGAUCAUUUGCAGAAAUCUCAUUUAUGUGAUUGGUUUGGCUCCUACUUUGGCCAAAGAGGAAUUGCUCAGAAAACCAGAAUAUUUCGGAUAAUAUGGAUAGAUUUAAAAAUUGAUUGUAAUCUAGAGCAACACCUUCAAUCCACCUUCUCAUGCAGCCUACAUUACAUAUCGUAAUGAACAGGAAGCAUCAAUGGCCAUACUAGUAAGCAUUUUACAAUAACUUAUCGGCUUAUUGGUCAAAGCCUCUUUUGGAACCACCAAAUACUGUACCAAUUUCUUGAAAGGACAACAAUGCAAAAUCAAAGAUUGUGUUUAUUUGCACUAACACCCAAAAGAUAAGGAAUCAACAUAAGUUAUUAAAAAAGAAGAAAUGAACAAUUCCAAAUGGUUAUUCUCUUACUCUCAAAGAUUAGCUCAAAUCAAUUUCAAAAAAUUCUACACCAAAAUUAAUUACAAAGCUGCUCUUUAAAAAUCCAUCUUUCUGAACACCCAAAAUAUACUAGACCGAAUGAUAGCCUAUAAAAUUGUCGAUCGUCAUUUGGACUAGCCUCAUUAACAAAUAACCAAUGAGGACACUUCAUAAUAGUUCUCUGGUAAAUCGGUUGAUGCUAUAUCCCCGUAAAAACCAUUGGAUAUGGAGAAGAGAUUGGAAGAUAUCAUUCAAAAGAUGGAUGGAGAUAGUAAUUCCAGGUUCAAAUUCACAACUACUAUAAAAGUUCCCGAAGAUUAAGAAGCAAUAAAUCAAUUAAAGUAGUUUAUUCUAAAAUGA